UGUUCGAUGAGUCUGGAUCAUGGAAAAAAACAUGUCUCUAGAACCAACUCAAAACUUCAGAUACAGAUUGUUGUCAUUAUCGCCAUGCUUAUAUGUUGGGAGAUAAAAAUAAAAUCCUGGGAAAUUCUCUGUUUUCCAGAAAAAAAACGUAAAAACAGAGUGAACAAAAAAUGUCGCUUUAUUACAGAUGGAAAAAUUUCGAGGAAGACGAGGAUCGACCCGAAAAGCCUCGCCGGUUUGGGGUCACUGAAAUGCGAGGACCCAAUCAUACUCUCUUGACCCAGAACGCUCUUCAGGAUAUAUUUGAAUCAAUGGGUCAAUUUGUUGAUGGGUUGAAGUUUUCCGGGGGUUCUCAUAGUUUAAUGCCUAAAUCGUUUUUGAAACAAGUGAUUGAUAUGGCUCAUCAACAUAAUGUUUAUGUUAGUACUGGUGAUUGGGCUGAACAUUUGAUUCGUAAAGGUCCUUCGGCUUUUAAAGAUUAUGUUGAAGAGUGUAAGCAAAUGGGGUUUGAUACAAUUGAGUUGAAUGUGACAUCACUUGAAGUUCCUGAAGAUACACUUUUGAGAUAUGUGAGAUUGAUUAAAGGUGGUGGCUUAAAAGCUAAGCCUCAGUUUGAUGUCAAGUUUAAUAAGUCUGAUAUUCCUAUUGGUGGUGAUAGAGCAUUUGGAGCUUAUGUUCCUCCUCCUCCAAGAUCUACUGAACUUGUUGAAGAUGUUGACCUAUUGAUCAGGAGGGCUGAGAGAUGCUUAGAAGCUGGUGCAGACAUGAUUAUGAUCGAUGCAGAUGAUCUAUGCAAACAUGCUGAUUCAGUACGGGCGGAUGUAAUUGCAAAGGUUAUUGGUCGUCUAGGUCUUGAGAAGACAAUGUUCGACGCUUCAAAUGCUAGAGCCUCCGAGUGGUUUGUCAGGCAAUAUGGACCAAAGGUGAACCUCUUUGUGGAUCACUCUCAGGUAAUGGAUUUAGAGUGUCUCAGAGGAUGCAACCUUGGAAAAAAUCACAACUCGGUCCUUGGUUCGUCGUAUUUUCUGUUCUGAACUGGUAAAGACUUAUAGAGAUACAACUUCCCUGCUGUAGUUUAUCAAGUAAGCAUUGGUAUGCCUUAUGUUUGUGCUGAGAGUGUGAAGUUUAAUCGAGAUGAAAACAUUAUCGACUAUUAUUGCAAUAAAGUUGAAGCUCUUUACAAUGA